UUGUUUUCUUCUUCUUCUACUUUGAACAUGGCAUUUCUAUCCUUUGCUGCAUGCUUAUUUUUCUUCUUCGCCAACAUUUUGGCACACGUUGAUCACAUCCGUUUUAAUGCGGUUGUAUCAUUAGACGGAUCGGGGGAUUUUAAAAGUAUUAGUGAAGCAAUAGCAGCCGCUCCGGACAACUCCAAUACACGAUUUUACAUUCGUGUAUCCCCUGGCACUUACCGUGGACAUCUUGAAAUUCCACCGAACAAGAAAUUUAUUGCUUUGAUUGGCGAUAAUGCACUCACAACCAUUAUCGUCGACAAUAGAAGCCACGGUACUGGAUUCUCGACUACUGACUCUGCAACCUUAGUGGUGAAUGGUGACCAUUAUAUGGCCCAACAUUUAAGCUUUGAGAAUUCUGCCGAACAUCAAAACGGCCAAGCAGUUGCUGUCCUUAACCACUCGAAAUUCACCACUUACUACAAGUGUAGAUUCUUGAGUUUUCAAGAUACCCUAUAUUUAAAGGGAGCAUACCAAUUCUUUAGGGAGUGUGACAUCUACGGAACAGUAGAUUUUAUUUUUGGAAAUGGACUUGCUAUGUUUCAAGACUGUAACAUAUAUGCUCGGUUACAGAGCAAUGAAAUCACAGUCACCGCACAGUCCAAGGAACAAUCCUGGGUGAAAAGCGGCUUCUCCUUCCAGAACUGUACCGUCACAGUUUCUCCGGAUAUAGCUUCCAGAAAGGUUGAUGUCAAAAUCUUUCUUGGUCGACCAUGGAGACAGUAUUCAACUGUUGUGUUCAUGGAGUCAUUUUUGGAUGACAACGUGCAACCAGAAGGAUGGGUAUUGUGGGAAGGAGUACCAAUAAACAACCUCUUUUAUGCUGAGUUCAAUAAUCGAGGUCCUGGUGCUGACACAACACAUCGAGUUAAUUGGACAAGUUUUCAUGUACUCGAUAAACAAUUAGCGAAAAACUUUACCGUAGAAAAUUUUAUCAAUGGGUCAGAUUGGUUGCCCGAAACACACGUACCCUUUAGAACUGGACUUGAUGGUUAAUGAAAU